AAUCUGUUUAUCGACAAAACCUGUUGCUCCAUCUGUGGGCAGUGUAGUUUUCAGACGGCAACAACCAGCAGGGCAUUACGAAGUAGAGACCUCUCUUCCCACAAUGCACCGCGUUUGCCUCUCUAGGGUGUUUGGGUCACCGAUAGAGUACUGAACGACUCUCACUCACAUCGGCUAUUAGUUUGCCCAAUUGAGUUGAAAAUGUUUAUGGCAGGUACGGGUAUUGGGGGUCGAGGGUGUAGUCAAGGGUCAAGUUCACCAUCUGGUUCUACAGGAUGCAAUCCGCGCAAAUUCAGCGAGAAAAUUGCCCUUCACACGCAGCGGCAGGCUGAAGACACCGCCGCCUUUCAAGAGGUUAUGAUGGACAUCAGUUCCACCAAGAUGCAGGUCCAGAGAGCUCGCCAGGCCCGCAGCUUGGCACCCUACUACAGUGGCUCCCUACCCAAUGUCAACCAGAUGGUCAGAGCUGCCAUUGAUGCCCAGGGUCAGAUGGCGUGUAACCUUGAGCAGAGCUGUGUAGUGCGGCGCCACCUGAUGUCAGAUCACCCCCAUAGAGAGAGGAGACUGAGCCCGCCGGGUCGACCCAGCAGAAGACAUACGGACAGCGCACCGUACCACUCUGUGCACCAGUCCCCUCCUCCUCCCUCCUCCUACUGGAGACGGAACUGGCCGGCCAGCUGUGGUGUGGAGAGGGGUCAGGAGGUGCAGCUACCAGCUACCGGGCCCCUCAACAGGACCAACUCUGACUCUGCGCUGCACACCACCGUACGCAACACACACAUUGGAGACCAGAUGGGCUCCGGCCAGGGUCUCACGCCCCGGAAUAGACGUAGUGCUUUUCCGUACCCAGUACCUCUCAUAGAGGAGAAUUUACCAGAGGAAAACAAGCCAUUGAAGAAUAAGCUUUCCCAAGUGCCAUCCGGAAGUGCCCUAGCCAACCGUGCCACCAGUGCCUCCAGCCAACCAGCUGUUCCCACUCCCAGCCAGCAGGGCGGCAACCUGCUCCCGCUGCCCUCCUCCCUCAGCAUGAGCGGCUCUCUGCCGGACCUGUCCAGCCUGCACCUGCCGUCUCCUCAGCCCACUGGGCUGGAGAUGGACCCCCUGGGCCAGGGCCCCUGCCUGGCCUCCUCCAGCAGCUCAGAUCACCUGCCUGGAGCCCGUGCUCACAUGCACCCCAACAUCAAGGCAGACGAGGCCUACCACCUACCCGGCCUAUCCCCGAUGCCCGCUCCUCUCAGCAACCCCUUGCUCCAGUCGUCACUAAGCAGCCCCAACAUACAGUCGUCGCUUAGCAACAACUCCCUGCCCAACUCCCUAAGCUCCACCUCCUUACACCUCUCUCUCAGCAACUCCUCCCUCAAGUCCUCCCUCAGCAACCAAUCCCUGCUCUCCUCCCUGAGUAGCUCCUCCCUCAGCAGCCAAUCCCUCCAAUCAGGAGCGAGCCACUGCAGCUACAGCAGUGGGAUUGGUGGCUCCCGCUCCUGCUCCUCCUCCUCCUUGUCGGGCUCCCCGCGGGCAUCUAACCAAUCGCAUCCUCCUACUCCACAUGGGGGCUCGUCCUCGCGGAAGAGGAACCAGCUGAGCCCCCUGAUGCUGCCCACUGGAGGGGACUCUCGUUGGCACCACCCCAAGCAGUUCUCCCCGACCAUGUCUCCAACUCUCUCCUCCAUCACGCAGGGAGUGCUCCUCAACACCAAUCAGCUGUCCCGAGACUCGCGUCCGCCCACCUACCCCUACAGCCAGCCCCUGCAGCACUCCGGCCCUCCCCCUCCCCCGCCUCCUGGACCUCCACUUCCUGGUCCCCCUCUAUCCCAGCAGCCCUUGCAGCACCAUCCGCCAUAUCCUCCUCCAGAUACACCACAGCAGCAGCAGCAGACCCUUCUGAGUGGGGAUCCCAGUGUGCCGACCAGUGCCAACCUCUACCAGCAGCCUCAACAGCAGCAGCAACAGCAGGGAGCCCAGAUGAUGCCAAACCUCCAGCCUCCAGCUCCCCACCAGCCCCCCAUGCAGCAACACCAGCACCAGCACCAGCAGCAUAAUCAGAACCAGCAGCAGCAGCAGAACCACCACCAGCAGCAGCAGCAGCAGCAGCAGCAGCAGCAGCCACCGGCCUACCCCAAGCCACAGGUUCCCCAGUGUCAUCAUCCACAGACACCCACACAGCAGCAGCCACAGCCAACACAGCAGCAGCAGCAGCAGCAGCAGCAGCAGAGCCACCUCCUGAAGCACCUCCAGGCCCCCAGCCCUCCUCCUCCCCAGCUCCAGCUCCAGCUCCAGCACCAGCCUGCCUACCCCCACAGCCAGCCGGGCCCCCACCAGCUCCACAGCCAGCCGGGCCCCCACCAGCUCCAGUCACAUCAACAGCACCAGCACCAGCAGCAGCAGCAGCACCAGCACCCCUUGCAGUCUCGCUACCACUGUGAAGGCAGCAGUCGGCCUCUCCACCACAUGGGUGCCCUGCCGCCUCCGGUGCCCUACGGCCAGCACCAGCCCUUUACACAGCAACAUCAACAGCAGCACCAGCAGCACCACCAGCAGCACCAGCAGCACCAGAGCCAGUGGCCACCUCCCUCUCUGCAGCCCAACCACCUCGCUCCACCUGCCCUGCCAAUGCAUCAGCAGCAGCAACAUCCACAUCCGCCGCAGCAUCAGCAUCAGCAGCAGCACCCAUCCUGGCCUGGACCCAACCAGAACCAGAACCACAGCCAGAACCAGCACCAGACCCAACAUCCCCAUCAUCCUCCUCCUCUUCCUCAUCAUCCCACUCGACAGCAGCAGCAGCAGCAGAUGGCCGCGGGUCUCCACGGUGCUCCCCCCGCUCCGUUCAGCACGGAGACCCGGCCCCCGGUGCCAGAGUCGUCCCUCCGAGCGGGGGGGACCCCGAUGCGGCUCCAGGCCCACCACCGCAGGGCCAAGAACCAGCACCUGGGGGAUGGGGUGGCUGGGAGCGGUGCUGCUGCUGGUGGUGGUGGGGGAGGUGUUGGUGGUGUUGGUGGAGGCCAUCUGGGUGGAGGGGGCCCCCAAAAGAACCUGGCCCAGGGUGGGGGGCCGGCCCAGACUGGGCCGUCGGCACAGGGGGAGUCGGCUCUGGACUCUGGCCUUCACAACGAAUCCUACAUGGGGUUGCAUCUCACUCCAAGUCAGACGAAAGCCCUCUCCCAGCAGUUGGGUCACCUGUGCAAAGAGUCUCUUCCUGUUGCCGCCUCAGAGGUAGACAAGGAAGCCGCUUCUCUCCAGAGCCUCGUGCCUGACCAAGCAGCUGCCAUCCAGGGCCUCGCGCCAGACCAAGACCAGAAGAAUGGGAGUGGCAUGUGCCACAGCUUUUCCGAUGCCAUGUUAGCAGAUGCAGCGUCCUGGCUGGACCAGGAGAUAGCUGGCUUCCCGGCCAACAUGUUGGACCUGGAUGAGGAGGCGUUUGAGCUGGGGCUCCUCAGGGACGAAGAGUUCACCAGCGAACCGACCGCCACCGACGGGGCAUUUUACAACCCCAACUAACUCACUUGGCAACCCCACCACAUCUGGCAAGCACAGCUCCUUCAUCUGGGAGUCUGGACCCUUUCUGUGUCUCAAAUGGCACACUUGUGUCAGUGCACUGACGUUUAGUGCGUACUGCACACUGAGGUCUUUAGUGUCGAGGGAAAGUUUGGACUUCCAGCGUACUGAAUUUUCAAUGUGAGCGGCCUGCGCACUGAAACAUAGUGCCCAAAGUGCCGUCUGACCCACAUUCUGAAGGGAACUGUAGUAGACAAAAAUCCUGCACACCGUCCAUUCGUCCAUUACUCCUGCAUUUUUCACAAGGUUUCAGUGGGGAAGGCAUGUAAUGGACCGUGUGUAGGAUUUUUCUUUCCUAAUGAUACCAUUGGUUACAUCCAACGCACCUCGACUUGAGGUGUGCAAAAGCAUCCCAUUGUGAACUUGUGCACCCGUCUCAAAGGAUUAGUCAACCUGCCUGUCUGAAUUGUGUUCGCUGGCAUUUCAGGAAGUCGGAUCAGGCGAUUAUACUAUGGCAAGGUUUUUUUUUACUUUUUGAACAGCAAUCUCCACUUCUGCCUUUGAGACUUUAUCGGGACUCUGUCCGUGAUUGUGGCAUUGUGGCAAUGGCCAUCACCGUGCUAUCAUGCCAUACUGUAUGUCAACAAGCUAGAGCCAUCCCUAUGGCAUGAGUGUUUGUGAAUUGGGAUCAGAACCGACAUUGAAGAAUUUACUUGUAAUGAACAUGUUACUUAUGCACAAAUAUGCAAAAGGCUACCCUUCAGACCCUAAGUAUGCAACAAUCCCCCCAAAGGAUCAAUAUAGUUACUCCACUCUACUCUCUACUCCACAGUACAACCUCCAGCCCCUCUCACAAUCAGAUUGUAAAUGAAUAUGUAUUAUUUACACAGAAAAGUCUAUAUUUAGGAAUAUAUCAAUGUUCUAAAAAUAACUAUGAGAUGUUGUCAUCAGCCCUGUUUCUCAUGUGAGUCUUUCUACAGUAUAGUUUACUUGGACUAAAAAUAAUGUCCAUUUUCUUUAGUGUGAAAGCAAAACGUGUUUUAUGAAGGUUCUGGCCAUCCCUUUAAUAGUCUGUCAAAUGACAGCUACUCUAGUCUGUACCAGCCAGCCAGCAAAUAAUGUCCAUUUUCUUUAGUGUGAAAGCAAAACAUUUUUUUUUAUGAAGGUUGUGGCCAUCCCUUUAAUAGUCAAAUGACAGCUACUCUAGUCUGUGCCAGCCAGAUCAACCCUUUUAAUUGUGAUUUUUAACAAAACAAUUCAGUAUUGGCUUCUGUUUUCGCUUCUGUGUAUAUGAUGCUAUUGUUAUGACUUUACGGUGUCCUGCUUAUUUAUUAUAUAUUUCUAAAUAUAUGUUUUAUAUAUAUAAGAGCUGCUUCUUCCUCUUCUCUCUCUCUCUGGUAGAGAUGGUGAAUGCAUUUUUGUGCAUAGAUUAGGUAGUUUUCUUGCCAAACAACAACAAAAAGAAGAAAGUCAAGUGUUUGACAGUUUGUUUCUGAGUUCCAAAUAGAAAGUAGUGAUGAUGAUGGUAGAAUAAUGAUGGUGAAACAGAGAAAAGCAUUGUUUAUUACUCCUUGCUGCCUUGACAUUUUGCAAUAGUAAAUCUUAUUCUGUGAA